AUGACGAGACUAAUGGUGAUCGCGGAAUACGACAGCUACCGAGGAAAGGAAGCCGAGGAAAGGAAGCCGAGGAGAGCAAGCCGAGGAUACCAAGCCGAGGAGAGCAAGCCGAGGAGAGCAAGCCGAGGAGAGCAAGCCGAGGAGAGCAAGCCGAGGAGAGCAAGCCGAGGAGAGCAAGCCGAGGAGAACAAGCCGAGGAGAGCAAGCCGAGGAGAGCAAGCCGAGGAGAGCAAGCCGAGGAUACCAAGCCGAGGAGAGCAAGCCGAGGAGAGCAAGCCGAGGAGAGCAAGCCGAGGAGAGCAAGCCGAGGAGAGCAAGCCGAGGAGAGCAAGCCGAGGAGAGCAAGCCGAGGAGAGCAAGCCGAGGAGAGCAAGCCGAGGAGAGCAAGCCGAGGAGAGCAAGCCGAGGAGAGCAAGCCGAGGAGAGCAAGCCGAGGAGAGCAAGCCGAGGAGAGCAAGCCGAGGAGAGCAAGCCGAGGAGAGCAAGCCGAGGAAAGCAAGCCGAAGAGAGCAAGCCGAGGAGAGCAAGCCGAAGAGAGCAAGCCGAGGAGAGCAAGCCGAGGAGAGCAAGCCGAGGAGAGCAAGCCGAGGAGAGCAAGCCGAGGAGAGCAAGCCAAGGAUAGCAAGCCGAAGAGACCAAGCCGAUACAAACUUGGCCAGCAUUCUUACACACUUUUGGCGAUCACAACAAACCAUUUCCAAGGUCCACACAAUAGGUAUGCACAAGGACGCUGCGGACGGCGGCCCCCACGUGUUCACCUGUCCUUUAGCUCCGCCCGUGCGUCUAAACGUAACCACCCGCAUCUGUAUCAAGCACUUUCUCACUCCACUGAACGAGAACGGGGCAGUAUCCGGUGACGUCUGCGGUUGA